UCGACCCAACCCAACCCAACCCAACCCAACCAAACUAAACCAAAGCCUAAAAAUAAGGUUGCACCCAACAACUGCUACAGCAUAGCAGAGAGAAACAGCACCAUUCCAUCCCAUUCUAUGCCAUCUCAUUUAUCCAUCUAUCUAUCCCUUUGCCUUUUUUCCAGCCCCUAAUCUAUCCAUCUAUAUCUCUCUGACCCAUUCACUCUCUCUCUCUCUACACAGAGGGAAACAACAAAUGGCAAAUACAAUGAGAGAAGAAACAUGGAAACUCCACGCAUCCUCCCAUCAAAACCAAAGAGUCCACACCACCCAACACUCUUUCUCUCUCAUCAAUGGCCCAGCUGGACCAAAAUUUAUGUAGAAGAAAGAAAAACAAAAAAGAAAGAAAGAAAGAAUGGGAAACAAAAGAAAGAGAAGUUAGAUGUGUUCAAAUGUCCUCCAACCAAACCCACCUUACAACUCUCUCUUUCUUUCUCUCUCUCUCUCUCAUCACAACUAUGUUCCCCGAAUUACCCUUCUGCAAGCCCCCAAAAAAUCCCAUCUUCAUCACUGGUCUUUCAAAAGAACAAUAUUUUUCACCGAGUUAUGUGGGCUUUUUGGGGUUCUUUGUCUUGGUCAGAGUUUCACAGAGAAAACAGGAAAGCGAGAACCUUCUUACCUCUCUUCACCUCUCUCUUUCUUGUGCCUCUCUUUUCCUAUCCCUUUCUCUCACGUUUUGUUCCAUCAUAUACCCACCUCACCUUCUCCUAUCUCUCUCUUUCUCCCUUUUGCCUUUAGUUUUAUUUGGUUCUUCCCUUGUGUGGUACCUUCCUCUUCUCUGAUCUGAUGAAGAAGUUGAAAGGGGUUGUCACCAUGGAUCCUCCUUAUGGUGUGUAUAAGGAUCAGAGAACAAGGUUGAGGCACCAGAGUCUCCUGCAGGACUAUGAAGAUCUGCAGAAGGAUACAGAGGCCAUGAGAAGGAAAUUGCAGGCUACGAAGCAGAAAAAGUUGCUGCUGUCAGCUGAAGUUAGAUUCUUGAGGCAACGUUACAAAUACUUACUAAAACAUCCUAUUCCAAAGUCUCAAUCAAAGCAAGAACUUGUAAAGCAACAAAAACUCAAAAUCCAAGCCCCCAUUAUCUCAAAAGGAAGGAAUUACAAGAGAAAGGAAUCUACGUCGCGUCCACCAACUGGUUCUCAUUUGAACCCUAAUGGAAGGCUUUCCAAUGGGGUUGAAGUCAUAUUGCCAAAAACUGGCCAUGUGUUUGAUUUAAACCAGAAUGCUAGGAGUUUUAGUAAAAAAGAUGCUUCUCAUCACAAUUCUGCUCCUGUAUUUGACUUGAAUCACAGAGAUAUGAUCCAAAGUGGCAAGGAAGCCACAAAGAAGAGUGUGACUCCGUUUUUUGACUUGAACCAGAUUUCGAGAGAAGAGGAGGAAUUGCAGGGCAACAGUGAGCCCAUGAAGAUUGAAGAACCAAAGAGAAGUAUGCAACGAGUUGUGAGCGACGAGCAGCACAACGAUAUCAAGCUCUCGGUUUGUAGAAAUGUUGGGGAUGGAUCAAAUAGGGCUGGGAAGAGGAAGAUUUCAUGGCAAGACCAGGUGGCGUUGAGGGUUUGAUCUAUAGUGUACAAUAGGCUGAAUUCCUACCCUUUUGGAAUGUGUGGUCUUGCUUUGAUAUGUAACAGAUUUUUAACCUUCCCAUUCUGGUUUCUGUUUCACUUUGUAAAGAUAAAAAAUAUACCUUAUAGAAUCAUAUGUUCAAUAUAUAUUUAGAUGGAAUGGAGAAUUUAUUCCCAAAAAUCAUAUCUUUCCCCACACAAGUUGUUUUUGGCUUGGCAAAUAGACCAAAAUUGGAUUUGAAUUCUGUGGUUGAGAUGGUGGCCACGGUCCUUAGAAUCUUGUGCUUGUUUCUAUCACUUGGCUCAAGGGCUCUUGUGAUUUUGAAGGGUAGGGACUAGGGUCUGUUGGUUUUGUUCACCAUGUCUAUUCAUUAAAUCGCUUGGCACAUUUGGUAUUAUUUUUUAAGUUAUGUAACAUAAGAUUCUCCGUUGUGCUCGAUCAUUAUUCCAUUUUAUUAUAUCUCAACUUGACUUGACCGUCGUAUGGAGAAAAUCUAGGAAUAAAAAAAUAUAUCUACUUGACCAGGAUUUAGGCUAGGAUGUUGGAGUUUUGGCGCCACGACAAAAUAGUUGUUGAAUGUUUACAUUGCAUAAGUUGCUAAGAAAUCUCAGAAUACGUGGCCAGUUCUGAUAGCAUGGUUAUUCACUUGCUUGAAGCCAGAAAAUCUUUACAUUUGAACAAUUAUUUAAUUAUAUUCUUACUUUUUUGGUGUCCAUGUUAACGUCCAAAUAUCAAACAGAACAAAGCUCACUCGCUCUUUUUGCUCUCUUUAAAGCAAGCCGUAUAUAACAGUUCUAAUGUUGAAGCUUAACUCUGCAUGGAUAUAUUGACAUGGAAUGGAACCGAACCAUUUAGGGUCCUAAACUGGGUUUGCGUUACAAGAAAGGAGUUAGUAAGGACUAAAUUAAACAAGGAUGGAUAUAUAGCCAUGGAAUGAGGAUGCAACCCAUUAGUAAACGAGUUCCUCAUGUGAGGCAUACGUAGCAGUUUUAAAAUGUCACAUUAGUAAACGCAGUACACAAGUUGUAUAAUAAGUCAACAAAAAGACAUACAUUAUGAGUUGUUUUGUCAACUCCAGAAUUCGCAGUAUCUUGCAUGUAAUCAUAGUUCUUCACCUUCUUUAUCUCCUUUGGGUGGAUGCACUUCCUCUGAAUCUGAAGAUCUCUCUGCUGUCUUUGGUAUUGUUUCAUCAUUCAAAACAGAUGUCAUCUUUUGGUCAGUUUCUUUGCUAACAGCAUCUGUAUCUUUGAUCAACCCAGUAUCUUGAAGUGAUACUGAGGAUGUGGAUGGGGCACUCCCAUUGUUUUUUUUAAAUUUCUUUAUUCGCAUCAAGUGUUUUUUCCCAUUUUUAUGGCCUUGCAUCACAAUUUCUGAGCGAGUAAAAAUUUGACAAAUUUCACACCAAAAUUCGAGCUUCUUCCUCGUCAAUGCUUUUACUUUCCCUGAUUCUGUACUGGUUGCUGUUUCAUUUUCGUUCUCCAAACCACCUAUAUCUUGGCUUUUCUGCGCAGAGUGUUCCUCAUUUUUAGAUUCCAUUACACCUUUAUCAACUGUUGUGUGAUUUGUGUCUGUGGAGGAAGUUACACCUUUAUCUGCUUUUGCAUCCAACCCUGUUUUCGUGGUAACAAUGGCUUUAGUAGAUUUCACACACUUUAUGCUUAUAUUUAAUGAUAAUGAUGUCUUGGUGCUCUUACCAAUCUUUGGAGUUCUGAGUGCGGCUUCUUUGGCCUUGUGCUUCCUUCCCUUAAGAUGGUCAUUCAAGCCUGUCUCACUUGUGGCACUAACCUGACAUAGUGCACAACUCCACUCCUCCUUGGGUUUCUUCUGCAAACCAAAUGGAGAAUGCUCCCUGCCAUAAACUGCAGGAGGUGUUAUCACUUUUCGCUUUGCACCAUGAGGACCAGGGUCUGGCUUAGCCUGCAAUGGUUCAUUUACAUACACACACUGGUCAAUUAAGAGCUUCAACAAAUGGCAUAAUUCAAGCUAUAGCUUCAAAACAUAUUUUAUGUAAUUCAACAACAAAAGUGCCUAACAAAACUUCUGGAAUUAAAAAACAACCAAUAAUUGCUAAAGUCAGCU